CCACCAGUUUGGUCUUUUUGGCAUAGCAGCAGCAGAACGCUAAGAUGGCCCUCUCGAAGCCACUUUAUUCGCUUUUUGGCACUUAUCUGGAGCAACUUUUCAAUCAUCCGGUUCGCACGAAGUCCAUAACGGCGUGCAUUUUGGCCACCUCUGCCAAUGUGACAUCGCAGCGUCUGGCCGGGGCAAAGAAAUUGAACCAGCACAGCGUCUUUGCCUAUGGCCUGUUUGGACUGCUCUUCGGUGGAAGUGUUCCCCACUACUUCUAUCAGACCGUGGAGCGUCUGUUCAGUCAUGAUUUGCGAUUCAGGAAAUUCUUUUUGUUCUUGUCUGAACGACUAGUCUACGCCCCAAUCUACCAGGCGCUUUCGCUCUACUUCCUGUCUGUGUUCGAGGGCAACUCCCACGGCACGGCUGUUAAGAAUGUCGAGAAACUAUAUUUGCCCCUGCUGAAGGCCAACUGGCAGUACUUGUCCUUGUUUGUGUAUCUGAACUUUGCCUAUGUGCCGCCCAUGUUCCGUUCCAUUAGCACGGCCAUAAUAUCCUUCAUUUGGGUUAUUUACAUUGCCAAGAAGCGACGACGCUUCGCGGAUAAGCAGGCUGCCGAGAAGUCCAAAUAAACAUUCCACUGCUAACACCAAGA